UGAGCAAGGUGCAACUUUGGGGUCGAGAGGCUGUUUUUCCCACCCACAGGAGUCACUUUUGCUGAUGCUGGAAAGUUCCAAUGAGUGUGCAGAAUCAGUCCGCAGGUGCGGGCCACGUGGCCCACCGUGUCUACAACAAUCCAACACUGCUGCAAAGGAACACCUCUCCGGACAACUGCACCGAACCUGGAGUAGAAUUUCAACACUCCCUUUACGCAGUGACGUACACCAUCGUCUUCAUACCAGGCCUCCUGACAAACAGCGUGGCACUGUGGAUUUUAUGCCGUGUCAUCAGCAAGCAGAACAAAACUGUGAUUUUCAUGGUUAACUUGGCUGCGGCUGACUUUGCUCAUGUUCUCUCUUUACCGUUGAGGAUAUAUUAUUACAUCAACAACUGCUGGCCGUUUGGGGUCUUCCUUUGUCAGUUCUGCUUCUACGUCAAGUAUCUCAACAUGUAUGCAAGCAUUUGCUUCCUUACCUGCAUCAGCGUGCAAAGAUACUUUUUCCUCCUCCACCCGUUCAGAGCCAAAAACUGGAAACGGAGGUACAAUGUGGCCAUAUGCCUCGCCGUGUGGAUUGUUGUGGGAGUGGCUUGCCUGCCUUUUCCAUUGAUGAGAGAUUCCAAAAAAACUGAGACUUGCUUCACUGAACUUGGCAUCAGGAAGAUUUCCAACAAAGCUUUCUCUCUCAUAAUGGUAAUAGUGGCUGAAUGUGUCGGCUUUUUGUUACCUCUCAUCAUCAUUGUCUAUUGCACCUGGAAGACCAAAGCAUCACUUCAAGAAUAUCAAAUGCCUCUGCAAAACAUGGUGGAAAAGCAGAAAGCUUUGCGGAUGGUGGCCACAUGUGCCAUUGUGUUUUUUGUGUGUUUCACACCAUAUCAUAUUGUUUUUUUCUUCUUUAUGAUGGUCAAAGAGAUGAUUAUUACAGACUGUGGAACAGUCACAAGUAUUUUAUAUAUUCACCCUUUCUGCUUAAGCCUCGCCAGCCUCAACUGUUGUUUAGAUCCCAUCCUGUAUUUCUUUACAACCUCCGAAUUCCAAGAUCGGAUCUCAAGACACAGCAGUUUGGCUAUCAGGAGUCGUCUGAUGAGCAAGGAAAGCGCUUCUUCGAUGAAAGAAUAAAACCCUAAACCUUCCCCUCUCUCUUUUUUUUAAAUUAAAAACGGAUUUCAAGUUGGACAAUCAGUAAAAACACUUCUGCAAUUUUAUGUGAGACACUUCCAGAGGAACUUGGAAUGUGUGUGUAAUAAAUGUCACCAGUAAAAGAAAAAAUGGAGGUCAAUUCUAGUUGUGUCUACUCAGAGUCUCUCUACACGAGACACGUCAGUGGAUGUUUGUCAAGUGUAGGGAGACGCAAUGUUAGAUGGGAAGUGUAGUUUUAAAAGACAGAGCUGGCAGAGAUCACUCUUCAGAGGGUUUGUUAAUUUCAUCUUCUCCUCCUGGAAGGCUCUGUCAAUUUCACCUCUCCAAUCUAAAACUGUAUGGGAUCGCAACCAGAGGGCAGUGAGGAAUGGAAAUGGGCUGGAGCCGCCUCCUAUAGCUGGGCUUGGACCUGAAGAGGUUAUAAUGGGCUGAAGUUUCCCUUCUGGCAUUUCACAGCCCCUUCACACAGCUCCGGUGCAAAGCAAAGCCUUUGCCCUGCUGCCAGAUCUGUCUUUUUAAACUACCCUUCCUGGCUAACAUUGUAUCUCCCAACACGUGUUCUUCAUGUUUCAGAUGUCUUGAGUAGAGAGCCUCUCAGAAGUAAGUCCCACUGAUUUCAACCGGACUUACACCUAGUAAGUGUAUAUAAGAUUGUAGCCUAUGAGUUCUUAUUGGUUAAUUAAUUAUAUCUGCAUAAAUUAGCAUGUGAAUAUACCAAGUGAGGCAACCAGAAAUCUGCAGUCUGUUACUGGAUGGGAUGAGCCUCCGUAACUGCAGAUCUAAAUGCUUUUUUAGUGACAAAGCAUUCCUAGUUUCUUGUGUGACUCCACCCACCCAAGCAAGCUCAGGCAGGGUGUAAUCACAGGCAGUUGUAGUGGUUAGAGUGUCGAACUAGGAUGUGGGAGGCACCUGUUUGAAUCCCCACUCUGCCAUGGAAGCUUGCUGGGUGACCUUGAGCCAGUCGCACACUCUCAGCAUAACAUACCUCACAGGGUUGUUGUGAGGAUACAAUGGAGGAGAGGAGAACAACGUAAGCU